AGGAUCUCAUUAGAUAAAAACACUUCAUUACGUUUUAAUGUUAACAGUACGUGUUAGUUUGCACGUCAUUAAGUACGAUGGAUUGUAGCCUGAGUAUGCAAGCGUCUAUUGAUGUGAUGUUUUAACAACAACAACGCCCGAAACAAUAACAACAAAAGUAGGAAAUGGCUGUGAAAAGUGUUCAUUUAGAUUCUGAUGCGUAUAUGGUGUGUUUAACGCACGCAUUUUCAACAGAAAGAGAGGAGAUCAUGGGACUUCUCAUUGGAGAAAUAGACGAAGAAUUUGUCUCCAGAAUUUCUGCCGUCAUUAUGUUAAGAAGGUCUGAUAAGCAGUCAGACCGGGUGGAAAUUUCACCAGAACAACUUUCAGAUGCAUCAACUGAGGCAGAAAGACUUGCUGACCUUCUGAAAAGACCAAUGCGCGUGCUAGGAUGGUAUCAUUCUCAUCCUCACAUAACCGUCUGGCCUUCACAUGUAGAUGUUAGGACGCAGGGAAUGUAUCAAAUGAUGGACCCUGGUUUUGUGGGUUUAAUAUUCUCAGUGUUUAACGAAGACAAAACCACAAAAUUCGAUAGAGUAGAGGUGACAUGUUUCCAGUCUGCCAAGGUGGGGACAGACUAUACCAGAGUUGAAGUUCCUCUGCACAUCAUACCCUGCCAACACAUCAGUGAAGCCUGUGUUCAGUCACUUGUUCAGUUACCCAGAAUCCUUGGUAUGGAGGAAGAGGAAGCUUAUGUAAAAACAACACAGAACAAAGACAUGGAUCUCAUAACGAGGCUGCACAAUGCAUCGGUGUAUACAAAGUCCGUGUGCCACGUCAUAGACCUUUUGAGCGGUCCAGUUCUGCAAGUUUUGGAGAACAGACUCAAGCUUAACCAAGAACGCAUCAAGGCCUUGCAACAAGAAAAGAAACAGCUUCUUGAAUCCCUUAAACAAGAUGAAGAUCUAAUGGAUUUGGGAUAAUUCGUGGAAAAAAAUGAUUUUAUCCUGUAAAAGUAGUACAUUGUGUUCAAUAUUUUAGACACUGUUUUUUUGUGACAUUAUGUCAAUGAGCUUAAUUCUGGGAAAAUGUGGUGAAAUCUAUGUGCGUAAAGUUUCUUAGUAGAUUAGCUUGUGCAGACAGCACAGGCUAUCCAGUGAAGACACAUACUUUCCAUCUUUUAUGGUGUUUUUAUGCCCCAGUUAGGGUGGCAUAUUGUAGUCAGAUUGUCUGCCGUUUGUUUGUCAGGUAUUCAGUUUUCCGGAGUUUUUUUUUACGCACUGCUUUCAAUUAUUCAGCUGUUUUUUGGUAUGUGAGUCUACCUACAUGACCUACAGAUGAUGUUUGAGUUCGUUCUGUUCAAUGGAUUUUUGGCAAAGUUAUGGGCCUUGGACAUUGACAUAUUCUCUAUAAUAACUGUUUUCCAGAAGUUUUUUUUACAAAUUUCUCACAGAUAUUUACCUGAUUUUUGGUAUGCGAGUCUACAUACAUGAUUUACAAAUGAAUUGUGAGUUUCGUUUCGAUCCAUUGAUUUUUAGCAAAGCUAUGGGCUUAACAAUGUUUUCUAAAAUAGCUGCUGUGUGGCUUCAAAGUGCAGUAGCCAGUAAAGGGGGCAUUAUGUUUCACAAUCACAGGUCUUAUAGUUACCAGUUAAAUUGAUCAUCACUAAUUUGAUAAGUUUUCUUAGUGGAUUUAUUUUGGUAUUAACAAAUAAUUCUUCAAUAAAUUAAAUAUUUGUAUGGGUCAAAUGCUUUGUUCCAUUAUACAAUAAAUUGCAACUGGUUUUGUUCCAUUAUACAAUAACUCCUGACUGGUUUUGUUCAAUGAUACAGUAAGUAAACAUUACUGGUUUUGUUCCUUGAUACAGUAACAUGUAACUGGUUUUCUUCAAUUGAUUAUUCAAAGCAGCAUGUAUAACUCGAUCUUGAUAGAACUCAUAUUUCGUAUUUUGUAAACAUUACAGAAUCUUGGUCCAGUGUGUCCAAAAGCAAGGUCAACAGGUCAAAAUAAAAAAUGACAUUUUAUCAAUUCAGAUGACAUUAAUAACAUGAUGCAGACUUCAUAAAAUUUGGAAUUUGUAUUUACCUUGGCCAUAUCGAGUUCGAAUCUGGAUCA